CAAACCCUGCCCAAGCCUAAUACCCGACUAUUCCACUCAAGCAAACCUGCGACCUUCUUGUGCGAACUGGCGGAAAUUUGGAAACUGCGAAGCACGAAGGGAGUAGCGGAGCUGCGGCGGAGACACGAACCCCAGCCGACCUGCGGCCACCAGCUGCGCCACCUCCCGCCGUCCACGCUCCAGGGCCCUGCGUCAUCCGUCUUCCCUCUCCUGCUCUCCGAGAUACCGAGUCCGACUCUCUCCUCUGCGGCUGUCUCCAGCUCCAGGUGCUGAGAUUUGGUUUCCCCCCUCAAUCUGGUGUGGUAUUGCACUGUAGAGAGUAUGAGAAAUACAAUGAAAAAUAGAGGGAAGCUUAGCAUUUAUUGGUCAAUUUCAAAGACUUCAAGGAAUUUUUCUAGCACCACAUUUUUUUCUUACAAGGUGGUGAACAAGAGCUUCAGGAUAUGGAAUUGGUGCAUGUCGCUGGUGAAACAGUGCACAAACAUGCUCCAAUUCAAAGUCAUUCACGCCAUAUUCAUCACCAAUGGUCUCCACCACAACACCUACGCCGUCAGCAAACUCUUGGAGUUCUGUGCACUCUCUGGUUCCGGUGACCUCUCGUAUGCCUCUCAACUCUUUGCCCAAGUUCAAUCACCCAACAUCUUCAUCUACAACACACUCAUUAGGGCAUACUCUAGCAGCUCCAAACCUCAUUUCGCCAUGCAUUACUUCACUACUUUGCUACAUGACAAUGAAACUCUCUUGCCUGAUAAUUAUACCUUUCCUUUUGUUCUCAUUGCGUGCGCAAAUGGGCUUCUUUUGUCUGAAGGCAAGAAAACACAUUGUUUGAUAGUCAAGAAUUCCAUGUCAUUCUCUGAUUUUCAUGUGCAGACCGCGUUGAUCAGGUUUUAUGCUGGUUGCAAAGUGUUGGAUGAUGCACAUAGAGUGUUUAAUGAAAUUCCGAUUAUAGAUGUUGUUCAAGCCAAUGUUCUUAUGAGUGGGUAUGUACGAAAUGGUUUGGCCUCAGAGGCGCUCAGCGUAUUUCAAAGCAUGUCUGCACGUGGAAUUGAGCCUGAUGAGUUUUGUGUGACUUCUGGCCUUGCUGCAUGUUCCCAUUUAGGGGCUAUUGAGAAAGGGGAAUGGAUCCAUCGGUAUGUCAAGAAUAAGAAGUGGUUGGAGUCUGAUGUGUUUCUCGGAACUACACUUGUUGAUAUGUAUGCCAAGUGUGGGUGCAUCAACACGGCUGUAGAAGUGUUCGAGGCCAUGCCUAAAAGGACUACACAUUCAUGGGCAGCAAUGAUUAGAGGGUUUGGGGUACAUGGCUUUCCCGAGAAAGCGAUUGAUUGUCUUGAUAGAAUGCAAAAGGAAGAUGGGCUUUGGCCCGAUAGUGUUGUCCUUCUGGGUGUCUUAGCAGCUUGCACACAUUCAGGACUAGAAAAAGAAGGCCAGCUUUUGUUAGGUAACAUGGAAUCCCUAUAUGGCGUUAUUCCUCAACAUGAGCAUUUCAGUUGUGUGGUGGACUUGCUCUGUAGGGCAGGCAAACUUUACGAGGCCAUUAACCUUAUCCGGAUGAUGCCUAUGAAACCUCUUGCCUCUGUUUGGGGAGCGAUUUUGAGUGGUUGCCGAAUUCAUAAUAAUAAUGUUACCCUUGCGGAGCUGGCUGUGAAGGAGCUAUUACUGUUAGAAGAAGGGAAUGGUGCUGAAGAAGACAGCGCUUAUGUUCAGUUAUCCAACAUAUAUCUCGCUGCACAUCAAUCGGACGCUGCCCGUAAGAUCAGAAGGAUGAUUGGUGAUAAAGGUCUCAAGAAAGCACCAGGAACCAGUGCGAUUGAGGUAGCUGGGGAAGUUAAUGAAUUUGUUUCAGGAGAUGUGUCACAUCCAUGUUUAUCUCAGAUCCAUUCAGUGCUUGAUUUGAUGUCUCCGAGGAAACAUUCAAUAGAUGAGAUCAGGGUCAAUGAAUGGUGACCUUCUCACAAAACUACAUCUCUAUUGCCUGCAAUAGCCAGUGAACAUGUUGAAUGCAUCUGCAAUGUGUGGGGUAACAGUCCAUUCAAGCUGAAGCAAUGACCUGGUCCCUAGCAAUCAGCUAGCAUUGGAAUGGUGACAUAAAAGGCAUUGGAUUCUGAUUCAAGAAAGGUUAAGAUAGUCACUCAUCGUACAUAUCCAUUUGGAAACCUUGUAAGGGCUAAAAGUAGAGGAAAUCGAGAACCAGGGGUAAGCAAGUACAAUGUUGUCAUAACAUUGACGAGGAUGUCUGAUCCUGCACAAAUGACAAAAACACACUAUGUUGAUCUGAUAGUUUGCUAUGGAUGAAGAUAACCUGAUUCUAUUUCAUGAAAAGAUAGAUAGAGGAUAUGUAUCCCCUCAAUUUGUCACCAUUUCUGAGAAGCUGAUUGUCGAGUUUGAAAAUGCCAGGGUUUUUGUUACGGAUCAAAAGAUAUCUGCAAUCAAAGACAUUAUUCCAUUUCUGGAAAAAACAACACAAUUAAAAGCUCCACUUCUCAUUAUUGCCGAAGAUGUUAGUGGGGAAGCCUUGGCAACUUUAGUUGUCAACAAGCUGAGAGGCAUUCUUAACGUUGCUGCUAUUAAAGCACCUGGGUUUGGAGAUAGAAGAAAGGCACUUCUGCAAGAAAUUGCCAUUGUAACAGGUGGAUAGCUAACCAGAUUGGGUUGGAUGUCGGGUCCGGUUUCUUGGUUGACCUGCCUGUCCGGUCCGGUUCUUGUAACAUUGUUUAAACUUUAAUACAUAUCACUUUUUAAGAAUAAACUUUAUAUCUGAUUAGAUAUCUGAUUAGAUAAACUUUAGAUAUUAUUUUUUUAUUUUCCAUCAUUUGCAAUGGAGCCAAACUAUGAAGCACGGAAACUCUACGUAACUCACGUUUCCCCGUUUCGGAAACUCGAAAGCGUGUCGGAAACUCGGAAACAUCAAAUUCCCGUUUCGGGGCCGUUUCCGCAAUUAAGAAGAAUUGGGAAACCCGUUUCCCUAAAUAAUAAGGGUUUCAGAAACCGUGAAUUUUCAUUUUUUUUCUUUUUUAAGAGGUCCUAUGAUGGAAAAUAGUGUCUUAAAAAACAGUGAUUUUCUGUGUCAUAUCCUCGUAGCAGCAUUGUGGCAUUUCAUAACGCAAUUGCUACGAAUAAAUUGCGUUCUAUGUUUAAUUAUGUAAUAAUUUCUAAAUUUGAACAUGUAGAAUGCUUUUAUUAUUGAGCUAUUAAGCAAGUUAUAUGAAAAUGUCAUGUGCAUAUAUAUAUAUAUAUCAAUGAAAAAAUCUGUAUACAUAUGAAAAAAUAUUUACAAAUAUAUCCUUAUAUUUUUUAAUAUUUACGCGUUUCCCCCACGUUUCGUAUCCUAUUUUUUCUAGAAAUCACGUUUCUCGCGUUUCCCGUUUCCCGUUUCGCGUUUCCCGUUUCCCGCUUCCGUGCUACUUAGGAGCCAAAGAUUCAUUAUUUUUUGGCUUGAGAUUAUGAUGGAAUAAAGCAAAAUGGCUCACUAAACUGUCUUCGCUUCUUUGUUAUGGAGCAACAGUCGGUCCAUGCAAUCUUGGACGCGAUUUUCACUAUGGGUCAUCCGGAAACAGUCUCUCUGUGCUUUAGUACAGGGGUAAAACUGCGUACAUCCAACCCCCCUUACCCCACCGUAGGUGGGGGAGCCUUUGCGGCACUGGGGUAAAUGAAAAUGAAUGAAAAUGGGUUAUUAAAAUGAUUGUUGUCAUUGUUCUUGUGAUCAAAUAAACUACAAAACCAUUAGCUUUUAGUUGUAUUGAGGUUAUAAAUUGGGUGACCAGGGUUGUUCCAAGUUUUGAUCUCUUAGGUUACAAUGAGGAGUUCUUCACAAAAGAAUUACACCACAAUAUGUUGACAAAUUGUUACAACUGGAUUUGAAAAACACAUAAACAACACAAUCAAGAACUAUUUAUCAUUUUUAAGACAUUUGGAUAGAGCAAUUCUUGUAUGUCUUAACAGUGUUUUUUUGCUUAUUUAUGCUGGUAUCUUGAACAUUUCACAGUUUACUGCUAUUAACUGUUUUUGUUUACGUGAAAGGAUUAGUAUUUGAAAUCUGUUAGUAUUUAGGAUUACAAGGUCACACCAGGUGUGCUCUGCAGAAUGCUGCUUCCGUGGCCGGUGUGGUGCUUACCACCCAAGUCAUUGUUGUGGAGAAGCGAAGUCACCCUCAGUUGGAGCUCCUCAGGGGCUUACCGUCUAAUUAUGAAUAGAAUCAUUCAUCAUUUAUAGCAGCCGAGCAUGUCUCAUGUGGUAGGAAUUUUUGUCACUUUGUGGGAUUUCAUUCCAUUGGUACCAGUCCUUUAAAUAUGAGUAAAACGUAGUCAAAAGUCAUAAUUAAAUGCUCAAUUCAUAAUAAAUUCGAAUUUUUUUUAAAAAAAUCAUAGAAAAACAAUAAAAAAGUUAAUAAAAUAUUUAUAAAAUUAAAAAUUAAAAAUUCGUUUUAUGGUAUUUUAAAAAAAAUAAAAAAAAUAGUAAAACUCCAUUAAAAAUUUAAAAAAAUAUGGAUGUCUUUCCCAUUGCCUGUACUGCCUCCUUGCACCACCACCUCUGACCGGUGUAAAAAUGCCAUUUUUUAUGAAAAUGCCAAAAAAUGGCACAUUACUCUUUGAGAAUGCCAAAGUUUUCAUUGAAUCUUCCAUAAAUAUGGCAUUCGUAAUGCAUGUGGAAUUUUGUUUCCCCGAUGAUCGAAGAUGGUGGUGCUGGGGCGGCAGAGGCAGAGGUGAUUUUUUUGUAGCGUUUUUUAGUUUAAUUUUUUUUAAAUUAGAUACCUUUCACACCGCUUGUACUGCCUCCUGCACCACCACCUCUAGGGUUGGACUCGGGCUGGGCCAACCGGCUCGGAACCGGACCGGCCCGCUACUGUGUGGGCCCAGACUGGCCUGGUGAACCGGUUGGUUGGAUGGUUCGGGCCACCCGGCCCGGUGGGAUGGCGGUUCGGGCUUGGGCCCUUCAAAAGGUGAACCGGUCCGGCCAGUUCGGGCCCAGGUCGGC